UAUGAUUAGUAAGAGACUGAAAAACCAGAAUAACAUUAUCAACAUUACAGAUAAUAAUGGGGAGAGUCCAGCUGAAUAAAUAUUCUUCCGGACUUUCUUUUCAGAAAAUGGAGGGUUUGAUGAUUUAUUCGAUAUGGGUUUGGUACUGGAUUUGGAAAUGUUUUGGAGGAUUUCAAUUUGUUCAAAAAAGUCCUGGAAUUUUUUAUUAUUCGACUGGUCCUAGAAGGAAUCGUGGCCAUUAAUAAUAAAAUCAUAAAGAUAAGAUUUCAAUUAAUAAGAAUUUUAGAACUAAAGAAGAUAAAUUUAGUGUGGAACUAAUUGGAUACAAAAUUUCUUGUUAUCUGAUUUUCAUCUAUAUUUUCUUUAGAAAUUCUUAAGAAAAUUCCCUAAUUAUGUCAUAGCGAUAAUCUGUAUGAAAUAUUUCCUAAAUCAAAGCACAAUCAAUUUUUCUUUGAUUUUUUUAUUAUAAAAAUUUUAUAGUAAUAAAACUUAUAAAAUCAGAAUUAGCUAAUUAAUUAAUUAUCAUUAUAAACUCAAGAACUAAACAAAAUCUGUUAAUAUUUUAAGGAAUAAAAAAAAUAUAAUACAAAAUCAACUCCUAAAUUUUUUUUAAUUUAAUAAAAUAAUUUACAAUUCAAAUACUCUCUUGUUAAGAAUUUUUAACUCUAAAAUACAUGGCUGCAAAUCAAAAGAGAUAAUAUGGAAGAUAAGCAAGAAUAAAAAUAUAUAGAUUCAGUUAAGAUAUCAAAUAAGAUGAUAAUGUUGGAAGGUGAAAUUUUCUUAAUGAAACAAUAAGCAUUAAGAUAUGUCAAAUUCUCAUUUAAUGAAGAUAUCAGAACAAGAGUUGCAUUCCGAGAGAUUGCCUAUAAAUCGAUAGAAGGAUUUGGAAGGUUAUACUUGAUUGCCAAAUUCACCUAUAAGGAUUCUAUUGUUCCAAUUGUACAUAAAAUUAUGUUCAAAAUACCGAUGCCUUAGAAAUAAUAAUGA